AUGGAAUCCCAGGCUCGAGUGCUGGAGCAAGUGUCUGCAUUAUCUUUGCAAUGCACAGAGCAUCUCCAAGAGGCCAUCGUACUGAGAGCUGAAGCAAAUCAUCUCCAACAAUUGUUAGAUUCGCAAGUGAGUCGCUUGCAGCAGACGUUCCGCGAGCUUCUGCCCAGCGUUCUGGACCUGCUACUGACAGAAAAGAUACCACGCCUCAGAAAAACCAGACCCUGGUCUAGGCUUCUCGUACGCUUGAUCUUCCGACGCAGGCGACCUCGGCGAUUGGACUUAAGCAUCGUGGAAAAUUUCAUAUCAGCUCUUCGUGCGGUCGAGAGCAAUCUGCAAACCCUGAAGGCCAAGGCCAAUCGUAAGGAGAUUGACGCGGCUCACCUCGCUCACGAGGCCAAGCUGCUUAACGACCAAUGCCAUUCAAUUCGCGAACUAGUCUUGGAUGAGCAAACGGAAACGCAAGCUGCCUUGUUCGAAACGACUCGAGCUAUCAGUCACAGCGCCCAAGAGCUCCAAGAAAACGAAAAGAACUCGUCCGAGGCUUUGGCUGAGGCAAUGCGCCGCGAGGGUAAAGCCGAAGGCAACAGAAAGAGUGUGUUGCAGUUUCGCAAGGUGGCUGUCUGGAUACCAGUCUUCAAUAUCUUUGCCGAUACUACUGCUAAACUGCUGGAGAGGAGGAACACAAAGAAGGCUGAAGGCUAUCGAGCCCAAGUCGCGAGUCUCGAAAUUGAGUUCCGAGAAAAGUCAAGGCACAAGGCUGCGCUACAAUCAAGGUCGGCGCAACUUGAUGACGUGCUUGGGGUUCUUGCUGUGGCUUGGAUGAAGGCCGAUGAAACGGCUAAGCAGUCCCAAGAGACAGAAUCUGAGGCCAUCCGUCUGGCCGACCAGUACUGUCAGAUUGCCACAAGCAUUAGGACCGUCUUGCAUGAGGUCGGCAAAUUGCCAAGCGGCAGAGUCGCGUCUCGAGACUGGCAACUGUUGCGAUACGAUGCACUUACAGCUCUAAGGGGGGUAUUAGGAGUCCUUCUGCAGAGGAAUACUGCUGGUGUGGAAUGCCUCUUAGUCACUCAGGCAAUUGAGAAUGGUCUGAGUCGCGUGCGAGAGGAGGAGCUGGAUUCGCAUGCACAAUCGUAG